AUGCUCAGCGUGACGGGUCACGUGGUACUGCUCGCUGUCCGUACGUCAUUCGCACUGGUGCUUGGACUGUGUACGGAGUUUGGCGACGCGGCUGAGCUCCCCGACUGGGUGGAGCUGCUUCAGCUGCGGGUAGAUAUCUAUACUCUUGACUAUGAUGCUAUCCUCACUGCCAUGUAUGCAUUGCCUACUAGUCAUGAGGGUGACUGUUACCUGUGUGUUCCGCCUGACCCGGGCAUUGAGCCUGCUGCUCUAGGUGCUGGUGAGGCUGCUGCUCUAGGUGCUAGUGCGUCUGAUGCCCCAGGUGCUGGUGAGUCUGCUCUCUCAGGUACCACGUCGGCUCAGGCCUUACACACCUUCACCCUUGACUCGGGUGCUUCCCGCUCCUUCUUUCGAGUCCGCACCACGCUUACGCUGCUUAGUCGGCCGGUUGCGGUCUCCGUGGCGGACCCCACUGGGGUUCCUGUCCUUGCUAGCUUCUCCACUGUCUUACCGUGUCCGGCAGCCCCCUCUGGCACCCUGUCAGGUUUCUACCUCCCCUCGUUCUCUACGAACUUGGUGAGUGGUGCUGAUCUACAGGAUCAGGGGGUUGACCAGUUCACCCCUGCGAGUCAGCGGGUGACCCACUGUACUUGUGCUCGGACGGGCCGACACUUGGCCACGUUUACCCGUCGGCCGGGGUCGAGCCUGUACACACUCACUACUGGGUCUCCUCCAGUUGCUGAGUCUGGUCAGGUAGCUGCGUCGAGUCAGGUGUUUGCUGCAGUGCCCAGGUCUGGUCCUAAGUCUGCUCCCUGCUCAUGUCGUCUCCUGUCCCACCAGACUCUCCUUUGGCACCACCGCCUUGGUCACCCCUCCCUGCCUCGUCUCCGAGGCAUGGCCUCCCGUGUCCUUGUCUCUGGUCUCCCCCGGUCCCUCCCUCCCCUCCCUCCGGGGCCUGCCCCUACCUGCGUUCCCUGCGUCGAGGGGCGGCAGCGGGCUGCCCCUCACUCCUCCGAGUUUCCUCCGACAGAGGCUCCCCUGCAGACUCUUCACAUGGACGUGUGGGGCUCCGCCCGCAUCCGUGGCCAGGGUCACGAGCGUUACUUCCUGUUGGUGGUUGACGACUACUCGCGUUACACCACGGUGUUCCCCUUGCGCAGCAAGGGUGACGUCACUGAGGUGUUGAUCGACUGGAUCCGCGCAGCUCGUCUCCAGCUCAGAGAGAGUUUCGGCUCGGACUUUCCUGUUCUGCGUCUGCACUUUGACAGAGGCGGGGAGUUUCCUCUGCCCGUCUAG